AUGGGAUCCAGAACUGUGUGCCUUAUGAUUUCUUGUGCUCUUCUGGCUUGGCAUAUGCAUACAAAUUACUCAGCAAAGUUUGAACAACCCUGGAAGACAAUGAUUAUACAUUCUUUUAUUAAAAUCUCUCUAUUUAUGGGGACAGUUGCUGAAAAUUUGGGCCUAAUGAGCUAUUGGGAAUUUUUAAAUAUCAUAUUUAAAUGGCAAUUACUAGCACCCAUUUCUGAUGAAAAUAUCACAGUGACUGACACAAUAGUUAAUGAUGUCAUAGUGCACUAUUUUGUGCCGAAGAAGAAAUCCCAUGAGCUGAAACGAGCAAUUAUUUAUUACCAUGGAGGAGGUGUUAGUUUUAGCAGCAUUGCCUUUCUCCAAUAUGACACUUUUGCAAGAUUGGCAGCAAACAGGCUGGAUGCUGUUAUUGUAGGACCUGACUUUCGAAAAUUUCCUAAAUAUCUCCAUCCAACUCAGUGGAAUGAUGCUUAUAAUUUUGUGAAGUCUUUCCUACAACCUGAAAAUCUUGCCAAAUAUGGUGUAGAUCCAAACAGAAUCUGUUUUUUAGGAGAUAGUUCUGGUGGUGGUAUGGCAGCUUCUAUGAUCCAACAGGUCAUGAGUGACCCUGAAAUUACCAUUAAACCUAAAAUUCAGGUUUUAAUUUACCCCGGCUUACAGAUGCUUGAUACAGACUUGCCAUCCUAUAGGGAAAAUGAAUUUGGCAUAAUGUUGCCUAAGGCCAUAGCAAUAAAAUUGAUGAGUGAGUAUCAUACCCCUGAUGAAUCCCUUGAGCAAGCCAUGAAGAUUAACCAACAUAUACCUGUUGAAUAUAGCCAUCUCUUCAAAUUUAUUAACUGGAGUAUCUUGCUUCCUGAGAAGUUUAAAAAAGGCCAUGUGUAUAACAACAGAAUUUAUGGAAGUUCUGAAAUGGUAGAAAAGUUUCCAGGGAUUGUAGAUCCUAAAAUAAGCCCAUUAUUGGCCAAUGAUUCAAUACUGAGCCUUCUACCACUAACAUACAUACUCACGUGUCAACAUGAUGUCUUAAGAGAUGAUGGGCUCAUGUAUGUUUCCCGUCUACGCAGCAAUGGAGUACAAGUGUUCCAUGAACACAUUGAGAAAGGAUUCCAUGGAUCUCUCUUCUCCAUUCAUUGGCCAUAUAAUUUAGAUAUUGGUUGGAAAUUAAUAGAUAAUGUACUUACUUGGAUAAAUGAGAAUUUAUAG